ACCGCCCUUUCCUGUGACUAGAAAAGCGCUCAUCUCUGAGCUCAGUGCGUCAUACACAUGAUCUCAUUCAAUCCUCACACCCCGCAAAGGCGCCACCAUAUUUGUUUACAGGACUACUGGGCAGCACCCCGACCUCCUGCCAUGUCUGACCCCAUCACGCUGAACGUCGGAGGCAAGCUCUACACAACCUCCCUGGCCACCCUGACCAGCUUCCCCGACUCCAUGCUGGGCGCCAUGUUCAGCGGGAAGAUGCCCACGAAGCGGGACAGCCAGGGCAACUGCUUCAUCGACCGGGAUGGCAAAGUGUUCCGCUACAUCCUCAACUUCCUGCGGACCUCCCACCUGGACUUGCCGGAGGACUUCCAGGAGAUGGGCCUGCUCCGCCGGGAGGCCGACUUCUACCAGGUGCAGCCCCUGAUCGAGGCGCUGCAGGAGAAGGAGGUGGAGCUGUCCACGGCCGAGAAGAACGCCAUGCUCAACAUCUCGCUGAACAGGCGGGUCCAGACCGUCCACUUCACGGUGCGCGAGGCACCCCAGAUCUACAGCCUCUCCUCCUCCAACAUGGAGGUCUUCAACGCCAACAUCUUCAGCACCUCCUGCCUCUUCCUCAAGCUCCUGGGCUCCAAGCUCUUCUACUGCUCCAAUGGCAACCUCUCCUCCGUCACGAGCCACCUGCAGGACCCCAACCACGUGACUCUGGACUGGGUGGCCAGCGUGGAGGGCCUGCCAGAAGAGGAAUACACCAAGCAGAACCUCAAGAGGCUGUGGGUGGUGCCGGCCAACAAGCAGAUCAACAGCUUCCAGGUCUUUGUGGAGGAGGUGCUGAAAAUCGCUCUGAGCGCUGGCUUCUGCCUCGAUUCUUCUCACCCUCAUGCUCUGGAUUUUAUGAAUAACAAGAUUAUCCGGUUGAUAAGGUACAGGUAAAAGGACCCUCGCCACUCUGGUGGGGGGGCGGGGGCCAAGAAGUCCAUGACAGCAGAGCCUCACAAAGUACCCCACCCGUGGUGUGAGGCCGUGGCCUAUCCUAACACGCAUUCAUCAUGGAGCCAGACUCGCUCCCCCGCAUGCCCUCGCCCACGUGUCGUGCAAUCCACGUGUCGUGUCCUCUGAACACAACCUCCCUUUUCCUCCGGUGUGAAGCUGGAGAUGGGCGGUUGUUAUGACGGUGACGCGUCAGCUGACGUCUACCAGGGAGGCCGCAGGAGGACUUCCUGACGGGGACGGAGGGGUCUCAGUGGUUUUGUGCGGUGGCUUCCGUCUCCCUCUGGGCCAUUGGCCAGUGCCCUGAGUGCCGGUCUGGUAGAGGGAAUGGGGUGGGGCUAUGCGUUUCAUUUCACUUCCCCAGGACACCGAGCACCCGCCCAGACCUAGGACUCGUGCGUCCGGGAUCACUAGGUCUGGUUCUUUGAAGUUUGUUCUCAGGGUUAUGCUUGCGGCGCUGGGGGUAAGAGAGCGAGCUGGGGGUGGGGAGGCGUGGCGUGGCCUGGAGGACCAAGCCAAAGGUAGGCGUCUGGGGUCUCUGUCUCCAGAACGAACCAGGCGGCUGUCCGUGCGCAGACGCAAAUGGCUGUGGAGUCAGUGUGAUGAAAGGCGCCGAUCAUCGGACCUGUCACAUGACGUUUGUCACCCUUCACCCCUCCAUGCGAGGGAUGACGGAAACAGGUCAUUCUUAACAACUAUAUUCUGAAAUCUCAGGGUUAGAAAAUUGUUCAGAGGUCAUUUAGGUGUGUCCCUGCCACCACCACCCCCCAGCACAGCGGUGAGCACCGUUUGAGGGUAGCCCCCAAGCAGUCACUUGUCCCUGCUGGAGAAGCUGGGGCGAGGGGAAACUGGCCAUCCCCAAGGCAGCUCCUGCCUGUUAGCGAACCCAAACCCACCCUCCCGCCUCUUCCAUAUGCCAGUCUGGGUUCCAGAUCUUUCUUCACACCCAGAUGUGUGUCUCCUCCUUCAAAAUAGUUGCUUUGAGGCCAGACCCUUAUUCCGAAAAUAUGAUUGCUCAGAAUGCAGCCCCCCAGCCUUUAGGAGGCGUGUCUUCUGAACCAAGCCCAUUCCCGUCCAUCCCCCUGGGAGCCAACCCCCUUUUGUGAACGGCCUCACCUUGACACUGACCUCCUCCCCUCCUCAAUGGCAUGGCUUCACCCGCAUCUCUCUUAACCGUUUUUUUUGUGUGUGUGCUGGCCGAAGAAGGUGCCCCUGGGGAGAUCCAGGGAGGCCGGUGUACAGCAAGGAGCCUAAGGGUGGUCCGAACAGAAGGCGGUGCCCUUAGGAAGAGUUCCCGGCCCCUAAGACACUGUUCAAGAGGAGGGGGUCUUCCCAGCCCUCGUGGCUCUGUACAUAACCGAUCCAGGGGCUGCCUUGGGGUAAAGAAACCAAGCUACUACUGCCCUGUGGAGGCUGAGCAGUAGAGGCCCCAAACUGCACAUCAUGAUUCUUCCCUGGAGCGAAGAUGGCUUUGGUAGUGCUUAAGAGUCCUCCCCCCUGAUGAGGGCCCUUCAGACAAAGCUGGGAAGUCCUGAUGACACAGGUGCCCACGGGACGUGGAACAAGCAAGGGGUCUUCCGUAGUCGGGCCCUCUGAGUGGCGAGGUGGUAUGCGGGGCCUUGCGCAAAGCUGGGUCUCUUAGCAAUAAGAACUUUCCCCAGAGUUCAGUGGGAUCUAAAGGUCUCCCUAGUCAGUCUAGGACUCCGGGAAGCCUCUCUGAAGAACCCAGUCUUGGCCACACAGCAGCACGCUUGGCCACAGUCAAGCCGAACUUGGAAAUGUCGUCCAUCAUUGCUGCCCUGUCUCUCCCUCUCGGCAAAGCGUCUGUGUCUCCGUCUUUCCGGUGCUUCUCAAGUCAAGCAGCCUCACUUUGGAGAACACACUGGGCCUUGGAAGCCACUCGUGUGCUCUGUGACUGCGUGAGCCACGCACCUCCCUGAGCCACCUCGGUUUCUUCGUCUGUGCACUGGGCAUCACAAUGAUUCGUAACCUACCUACCUCACAGGGCUGUUGUGAGGAUCAAAUGAAAUCACGUAUGUGAGUGGGA